AUGAACGCUUGGGAUCUAUAUAAGAUGUGGAUAGCACAAAGCAUGAUUUCAUAUGAGAAUAUUGGAGACAAGGAGGACACUUUAAUGGACAUCGCUGAGCUGUACUUUUGUGAGUUGGCCUCCAGGUCCAUCGUUCAAGUUGAAAUUCAGUAUACUUAUGAUGACGGUGCAAAUAGAACUGGACAAUAUUAUAGAUGCAAACUUCAUGACGUAGUACGAGAACUAUGUUUGAAAUCGGGGAAACGGGAGGAUUUUGGAGUGUUGAGUUUUGAGUAUCAUGGAGGAAAGUUACCAAGAGGAAUCACUAAUCUUGUUCACCUUAGAUUUUUGCGUUUAGAAGAAUGUAAACUUGAUAAGCUACCAUCAUCCAUCAGGAAUUUGGUAUACAUGGAUACCCUUGAUUUAAUGCUUUCAGAGAAUGUUGAAGUUCCAAAUGUUUUUAAGGAGAUGUUGCGAUUGAAACACUUGACAUUUCCUGUGUACGGAAAUGAAAAGCAACAAUACACAAUAAAGAAAGCUUGUCAGCUUAUCAAGAAUGCCAUUAUGAAUUGGAAGAAGAUAGUGGUUUGUCAUGUUUCUAUUCAAUCCAGUUGUGAUUUAACAACUGAUCAAAUGCUGGAGAAGGCUUUGACAUGUCCCAAUCUUCAUGAGUUUGGUAUUAGCUCUAAGUUAGGAAAGUUACUAACACAGUGCGGGAGUGACUUGAUGAGCUCGAAACAUAGGAUUUUGGAUCUGUUUGAAACUGAGAUUGAGGAUGAUCCAAUGGGGAUACUCAUACUAGGAAAGCUUCCUUGCUUAAUAAGAUUGCGAUUAUAUUGGAAAUCAGUUGUUGGGGAGGAGAUGAUGUGUCCAGCAAACAGUUUCCCUUUUCUUAAGAGGCUAACGUUGAGAGGUUUACCAAAUUUAAGGAAGUGGAGAGUGGAGGCAGAAGCCAUGCCCCUUCUCUCUAAACUAACGAUCGGAGAGUGUUCUUUUUUGGAGAUGAUUCCAGAGGGAUUGUGUAGCAUUUCCAUCCUUCAAAAACUUGUGAUUGAAGGAAUGCCGAAAUUGAGAAAAAUGGUAUUGCAAUCAGGACAGGAUUUCCACAAAGUCCGCCAUGUCCCUUCAAUUCGCAUCAUGGACUAG